UGGCGGCGGCGGCGCGAUGAGGCGGGUCACGCUCUUCCUUAAUGGCAGCCCCAAGAACGGCAAGGUGGUUGCCGUUUAUGGAACGCUAUCAGACCUACUCUCUGUAGCCAGCAAUAAGCUAGGAAUAAAAGCCACAAGUGUGUACAAUGGAAAAGGUGGCUUGAUUGACGAUAUCGCUUUGAUCAGAGAUGAUGAUGUUCUGUUUGUUUGUGAAGGAGAACCGUUUAUUGAUCCUCAAACGGACCCCCCGACGGACACUCCGACGGAGCCCCGGACCCCCGAAGGACUAACGGGGUCCCACACAGACUGGCUAACGCUCAAUGUCGGAGGGCGGUACUUUACAACCACACGGAGCACUUUAGUAAAUAAAGAGCCUGAUAGUAUGUUGGCCCACAUGUUCAAAGACAAAGAUGCCUGGGGAAAUAAGCAAGAUCACAGAGGAGCUUUCUUAAUUGACCGCAGUCCCGAGUACUUUGAACCGAUUUUGAAUUACCUGCGUCACGGACAACUCAUUGUAAAUGAUGGCAUUAAUUUAUUGGGUGUGUUAGAAGAAGCCAGAUUUUUUGGAAUUGAUUCACUGAUUGAACAUUUAGAAGUAGCGAUAAAGAAUUCUCAACCAGCAGAGGACCAUUCUCCAAUAUCCCGAAAGGAGUUUGUCCGUUUCCUGCUCGCCACCCCGACCAAAUCCGAGCUGCGUUGCCAGGGGCUGAAUUUCAGCGGUGCUGAUCUUUCUCGUUUGGACUUGCGAUACAUCAACUUCAAGAUGGCCAAUUUAAGUCGCUGCAACUUAGCUCACGCCAACCUCUGCUGUGCAAAUCUUGAGCGAGCCGAUCUCUCAGGAUCAGUGCUUGAUUGUGCAAACCUCCAGGGUGUGAAGAUGCUUUGUUCCAAUGCUGAAGGAGCAUCUCUAAAAUUAUGUAAUUUUGAAGAUCCCUCGGGCCUUAAGGCCAAUUUGGAAGGUGCUAAUCUGAAAGGGGUGGAUAUGGAAGGAAGUCAAAUGACAGGAAUUAACCUCCGAGUGGCUACGUUAAAAAACGCAAAGCUGAAGAACUGUAACCUUAGAGGAGCAACUCUGGCAGGGACGGAUUUAGAGAAUUGUGACCUGUCUGGCUGUGAUCUCCAAGAAGCCAACUUGAGAGGCUCCAACGUGAAGGGGGCGAUCUUUGAAGAGAUGCUCACGCCCCUCCACAUGUCCCAGAGCGUCCGAUAAGAACCUGGGGGAGCCGAUGGGAUGGCCACCUACUCGGGAAGAAGAGAGGCAUCCUCACAGCAGUGACCCCUCACUCUCCUGCUCAUCCGCAGAGCAGGAACAGAACUGUUUAGAGAAUUUUAAAAAAUCCAUUAGAUGAUAAUGAACAUCCUCAGUAGUGCCUAAGGAAAUAUCUCUGACCUCCCUCCCCUCAUCCCCAGUUAGAAGGGGACAGCAUUUAUUCUGUAGAUGUAGGGAAAAUCAACUCUACUGCUGUCUUUCAGGUGAGCUGGGGUAAGAGGGUCUGCUCAUUUUUAACCAGUGAUGGUCAGUAUUAUUUUUUGCUUUGAAACGGGUGUAUUAUGGAAACAACUUCUCGGUUUGAAGAGCAUUGGAGGAUUUUAAUUUAUGAAAAGCACAACAUAUGCAAUUAUAUUUAUUAAGUCUGUAGAUGCAAUAUAAAUACUUAAACUUCAAUUUCAUGCAGCAAGACAAAUUUCAGGUUUACAGUUAGCUUUAGAGUUAGAGUUACCACCGUUGGCUUAUUUUGACCUGUAGAAACUGUCACGUAAUAUGGGUAUGUUGGGGCCAAGCUCAGCAAGCCUCUCUCUUCAGGUAUUUUUCAUAAUGCUCAUUUUUUUUAGGGCAGAGCAGCAGCGAAACAAAAGAAGUUCUCAGUUCUCCACAACUGAGGAAAAUUACUUUAAUGUGUGUGUUUGGGAGCAAUGGGAUGGAUUGGGACUAUUUUGUGUGGCAAGUCUCUCUGUCUCUUUCUCUCUCUCCCCCUCCCUCUCUCUCUCUUCCCCUCUCCAUCCCUCCACAUGUACACUGGCCAGACUCUCUGAGGGGCUUCUGUGAAGCUUCUGGUUUGUUUUACACGACUCCUUGUGGUUUGCCGUUAAACAACUUUUCACUCUGGCCAAGUUCCACCAGUCACCAAAAGAUCCAGUUGAUUUGCUCCACCCUAGUUAGUCCAUCUGCCAUUCAACAAGCACAUUCAGAACCUUCUAAACCAAAUAAGGCUGGGGCCUGAACAACAUUGUGUGGCCUCAGAUGCUGACUAACUCAUGGAAACCUAGUGCUGACUCCCAUCCCGUCUUCUACACUUGAAAAAUCAAAUGCAUUCUGUAAUCAGCCCUUCUUUGGGAGUCAAAACUAUCAUUGCCGCUAAAACUGGACCGUGGGAAGUGAAGGGUUAAAUUGCCCCGCUAGGAACUCAACAAUUAGCAGUUGGCAGGCGGUGGCCAUGCCCAGGAGACAGGCCCCACUGCCCCACCUCCCUACCCCCAUAUCGGCACCUGCGGAUUUUGUCUUGUUUUUUGUGUUGUUUUUUUAGAAAGAGAAAACUGGAGGCUGGUGCCUCUGGGAAGCAUCUGGCAGGUGCGUAGCAAGGAUCUGGCCUGGCCUGGCCUGGCCCUGUCUGGGCUCUGGCCUCUGGCCGUGGCUUAACCCUCUGAGAGAGUCCUCUCAACAGAUCCACCCUGUCUGGAGAAAUCAACUAAGAACCUGGCAUGUUAGAUGUUUAUGGAGUUUAUUUUUCUCUACAUAUGCAAAGCUUUCCUGAACAUUACUGUGUUUGCGUAGGGUGAUGUAUGCAGAAGGAGAGAAGACCAAAGCUCCAGGGGUGUUGGAAAGCAAUUUAAAAAGUGAAUUAUUUUCUUUGCUUUAUUGUUUUUUUUACCAAACAGAAGCAGAAUAUUGUAUUGAGAGAUCUAUUUUCAUAAUCAGUAUGUGUAUAAAUUAUAUUUAAAUACUCCAUUUCAUUGCUGUACUCUAUUUUCAGUAAUUAUAGAAUGCAUUGUUUAUUCAUCGAAAAAGAGAAAAAUAGGUACCUCUUCUGACGUGACUUUAAAAUGCAGGAGGAUAUGCUCAGACACUGCAGAUUUCAAGUCUAAUGUAAACUGCACCAAUAAAAACCAUCUGAAAAGUUAA